UUGUAUUUAGAACCGGAAACAGAAGAUGUGGGUGGCAAUGAGCUCGUACAGCAGAAUGCCCGGUUUCUCGCCUUCCCCCCUACUUCCCCAAGUCGGGGAUGGUGUUGUUCUCCCGGAAAGGAACACCGGGCGGGAUGGGAAUGGACAAGUACAGAGCGAUUGAGAGUGAAAACAUGGAAAUGCUGACAAAUAAAAGUGUUCAUUUGAUUGAGAUUGUUCAGUUGGGUGAACGUGUUAAGAAUUAAUUGGAGUACUCAUUGUUUAAAUGCAGAGGUAUUAUUAUUCGCAAUUGGGGUCGACAUGGGUUGAAUAGCACUCGGAGAUCUCAUGGCGUGGGGGUGACUGGCAGUGAAAGAAAGGAACAACAAGAUAUUAUUUACCUACGUAUUCUUUGAACAUGGACCGCAACAAAUAAAUAUAAAUUACUUAUUAUUUAUUCUGUAUAUUAUCUCCGUCGCAGCGGCAAUAGCCUGCGAACCCAUCAUCGCAUCAUCACAUCCCUCACUUCCCUCAGUCAGUGGAACCACAAAAAACGGUAGAAUAAUAACUCUUAUUAUUCAUGAGUAAGCAGUUUCAUCGGGCGUUGAUUGAGGUGAAUUGCGGUGGACUUGAGACGGAAAGGAAGCUCUGCCGGCCACUUUUUAUCGGUGAGGGAACAAGCACAAAUCCUCCCUCGUCAGCUGCUGCUACUGGGCCCUGCUGAGGAAGCAGGGAAGGACGUCAGACUAUUUACUCGAAUCAGUGAUACUUCAGGUGAUCAUUAAAGUCGACCACGACCCUUCUCAUUCAACCAGUGUGUCGACAUACAUAAGUCCUCACAUUUAUUAAGUGCUUGUGCACGUUCAUGGUUAUCAGAGUAGCAACCCCUACAAACUACAAGUUCCAAGUGUCCAAGUCUAAGUUCUAACGGCAUGUGGAGUUUGGAUGAAGACGAAAUUGAGUCCUCGUCCUCUGCUGACACUCCCACCAACGCUCGGCGAGAAGACCAAAGUCCUUUCGAGGAAGAGGGGACACCCAACUAUCUCCUCCGUGGGUGUGACACUACCUCCAUGACGUCCUCUAGCCCCCACAAGAAGGUCCAGUUCCACGUGGGUGGUGGAGCAGAGGACGAGGUCGGAAUGCCCCUCCAAAACCUGAACGAUGAGUCGUCUCCGUUGCCUGAGGUAGGAACAACGGGUUCAAAUCGUGCAGAGCAACGAGAUUAUACCGCGUCGGCCGCCUCGACCGGUGGGUCCGUAACCACCCCACUGCUACUUCCAGCCAUUCAGGAGGAACGGGCCAAUGGGAGUCGGCGACCCCAGUACCAACAUUCCAUGAGUAUGGUGGACACCGUCAAGUACGGUGCCAAUGCUGACAUGGCUCCUACUGCUUCUCCCAAUCCUGAGAUGGUCUAUGGCUUUGUGGAGCUGGACGUUCUUUCGGGCGGCGAUACUGGGGCGGAUCUAAGCAACCGAGAAUGGAAGGAAAUGGCCAGGUGGAUCAAGUAUGAGGAGGACCUCGAGGCAGGUUCUGGUCGAUGGGGAAGACCUCACGUGGCGUCCUUAAGUUUCCACUCCCUGCUCAAACUUCGUCAGCUCAUUGAACGAGAUGGUGUGGUCAUGCUGGACAUGGAGGAACAUGACAUGCCUGGUGUUGCUUAUCGAGUCGUGGAAGAGCUCGCAAAUAAGAAUCUCAUUCGCCCAGACGAAUCGCCUCUUCUCAUGAGAAUCCUCCUCCUCAAACACAAACAUGUCCAGGAGAAUGCUCAGUGGUUUGGACUGAAACGAACCAACACGAGCGCUGUCAGUCUCCAGAGCUUGUACGAAGAUAGAGGGAAGAAAGGUGGCGGUCUCCCGUCUACGACGGACCCCUGCGUUCUGGUGAGGAGAAACAGCUCCAUGAUUAAGAUGUCCGCCCCCGUGGACAUUAUCAAGUCCCCUUUGCAACGAACCGCCUCCGGGAACUACCUUAAGCCCCCCACUUCCGUAGCGGCCUCCUGUCCCACCACAACUACCCACCACGUCCCCUCAUCCAUGGACUCUGGCGCAUUGAAGGACAAACGGAAGGAGAGCUGUGCCCCCUCGGAGGAGGAUCUGAAGUGGGUGGGUAGGCGAGACACAAUGUAUCGAAUCCUUCCCAAUGGGGCUGCGGAGGCCACGAUGAUCAUGGUGGGCGACUAUGACGCUCUGCGUAAACCAAUUUUCGUCUUUGUCAGGUUGUCAGAGCCGCAGUUCAUGUUCAACAUCACGGAGAUCCCUGUUCCGGCUCGAUUUUUUUCCAUCCUCCUCGUCCCACCCUCGCUGGAGAUGGACAUCAUUGAGAUUGGACGAGCCUUUGGAGCUCUCAUGUCCAACAAGCACUUUUAUGAACUGGCCCUGCGAGCCAACGGGAGGAAGAACCUCUUGACGGGCAUCAACGAGUUUUUAGACGAUAGCAUCGUCCUCCCUCCCGGCGACUGGGACAACCAUGAUCUUCUCCCGAUCCAUGUGCUGCAGGCCAAGAGCAAGGCCAUCCGCCUGCGUCGCCUCAAGAAGCAGAUUUCAUUCGUACGGAAUAACGACUCCUUCGUGGAUGGCAUCACCCUCCUUCCGCCUAAAAAGGAUGACUCUGCCAGCAGAGGCGAUGAUUCAGACCCGUUCAAGCGAACUGGGAGACUAUUUGGCGGGGUUGUGAACGAUAUUCGCAAGAGAUUCCCCUAUUAUAAGUCAGACUUUACGGAUGCUUUCAAUUUCCAGUGCUUUUCGACAAUCUUUUUCAUGUAUUUUGCGUCCAUUGGAUUGGUAAUCACUUUUGCAGGGUUAAUGGGCGAAAAGACACACGACUUGAUCGGAAUGUCGGAAACCUUAACGGCCACAUCAAUAGCCGGGAUUUUCUAUUCGCUUGUAGCUGGCCAGCCACUAAUUCCAAUGGGACCCACAGGAGCCCUGCUCGUGUUUGAUGAGAUUCUAUUCAAUACAUGUGGACGAUAUGGCUUUGAGUUUCUUCCUCUUCGAGCCUGGAUCAGUGCGUGGCUCAUACUCAUCACAUUCAUUGUCGUAGCUCUGGAAGGGAGCGUCCUGGUCAAAUGGUUCACCAAGUUCACGCAGGACAUUUUCGCUGCUCUCACCGCUCUCCUCCUCAUCUUCGAGUCGGUCAACAACCUCGUCGAGAUUUACGAGACCCAUCCCGUGGCAUCCCCGGGAGACAAGAGACCCAUAUUUCUCCACGUCAACACGACCAACUACUCGCUCGUAUUUGAGGAGACGACCAGCCCGGAGGAAAUGCGGGACGGGUCGGAGGAAGAAAUGUCAGCCCAGCCCAACACGGCCCUCCUCUCAACCAUCCUCAUGCUCGGAACUUUCUUCAUCGGCUACUUCCUCAAGGAGUUCCGAAACUCGGUCUUCCUAGGGGAACGGACACGUCGGGCGUUGGGAGACUUCGGGGUGCCCAUUGCAAUCCUUUUUAUGGUCGGCCUGGAUGUUCUAGUGACGGACACGUACACGACAAAAGUUAAGGUUCCAGUCGGAUUCCAACCGUCCAGCUCGGAGCGCGGCUGGUUCAUCAAUCCCAUGGGCAGAGACAAUUCAUUCAGUCCUUACGUCGCUCUGGGCGCCAUCGGCCCCGCCCUCCUGCUCUUCAUCUUGAUCUUUAUGAGCCAGCAAAUUUGCGAACUGCUCAUCAGCUCCAAGGAGCGUCAUCUCACCAAAGGAUCUGGUUUCCACUUUGAUCUUCUGCUCGUCGCAAUAAUCAAUCUUGGCGCAGGUUUCUUUGGCGCCCCGUGGCUUUGCUGUGCGACGGUCCGAGCGUUGGGUCACAUCACAGCACUUACCGUUUACUCCAAGAACAACCCUCCGGGAGAGAAACCUACUAUCGUAAAAGUUCAAGAGCAGCGAGUGACGAACCUGUCAGUGUCAAUUCUCGUCGGAUGCUCUGUGCUUCUAGGUCCACUCCUAGCCCUGAUCCCCAUGGCCGUCCUAUUCGGAGUUUUCCUGUACAUGGGGGUCACUUCGCUCGCAGCUACGCAGCUUUUUGACCGUUUCUCCCUCCUGUUCAUCCCCGUCGAGUCCCACCCACAAACGAGCUACGUGCGGAACACGCCCACGUGGAAAAUGCAUCUCUACACGCUCAUCCAAAUUCUCUGCCUCGCACUCCUCUGGUUGAUCAAGUCGGUCAAGGCCAUCUCCAUCGCCUUCCCCCUCUUCUUCAUCCUCCUCGUCCCCAUGAGACUCCAGCUGACCAGAUUCUACUCGGAGAGCGAACUGGAAGCCUUGGAUGGGAAGCCCCCAACAUAACGGCUCUGGACAGAGAAAUAUCGAUAGUGAAGACUGAUUGAUAACGAUAAUAGCAGUAAUAAUAGUCGUACAUAGUAAACUGUGGUGAUAAUAAAGAUGAGUGAAAAGUCGACGACUAGCAAUAGUAGCAGCAAUUUAGUGCCGAGCUAUGUAUGUAGGUGCCUGUUACUAACUAGUUACAUACAACUGCGUGUGAUCAUAUUGUGAAUAUAGCAAACAAGUGAACAAAUCAAGAGUAGAUGCAUUUGUAAAGCCUAUAAUUUAUUUUAUUUACUCGUCGGUCGUUAAUGUCAUUCUGUUUUGAUCUUCAA